UGGGAGGUGGGAGGUGGCGCUGUGUCCUGCCCUUGGACUGUACUCCACCCUCUACCAGGAGGCGGUGCCUUGCGAUGAGUUAAAUAAGGCCCAGGCGCAACAGCUUAGUCUGCUGGCCCCCACCAUGGACCGCUCGCGCGCUUGUUCCCGGCUGCAGGUUCUUCUGGGACACCUCGGCCGACCUUCGGGCCCAGCGAUUGUAGCCCAUCCUGUAUCGGGGUUAGCUUCUCCUGCCAGUUUCUAUCCUGAACAAUUCCAGUAUACUUUGGAUAAUAAUGUCCUCAGCUUGGAGCAGAGAAAAUUUUAUGAAGAAAAUGGGUAUCUCGUCAUUAAAAAUCUGGUAUCGGAUGAUGAUAUUCAGCGUUUUCGAACAGAGUUUGAAAGAAUCUGCAGAAAGGAGGUGAAACCACCAGGAAUCGUUGUGAUGAUGGAUGUGGCCACUUCGAAGCAGCGCUAUACACCAAGUGAGAAUAUGGUUAUGAAGAUCCAGGAUUUCCAAGAAGAUGAGGAACUCUUCAGAUACUGCACCCUCCCCCAGAUUCUGAAAUAUGUGGAGUGUUUCACAGGACCCAAUAUUAUGGCUAUGCAUGGGAUGCUGAUCAACAAGCCUCCAGAUUCUGGCAAGAAGACGUCCCGGCAUCCCUUGCAUCAGGAUCUGCACUAUUUCCCCUUCCGACCCAGCAACCGAAUUGUUUGUGCUUGGACAGCCAUGGAGAACACUGACAGAAACAAUGGUUGUCUGGUUGUGCUCCCAGGCACCCACAAAGGCCCUCUGAAGCCACAUGAUUACCCCAAGUGGGAGGGAGGAGUUAACAAAAUGUACCAUGGCAUCCAAGACUAUGACCCGGACAGCCCCCGGGUCCACGUGGUGAUGGAAAAGGGUGAUACCAUUUUCUUCCAUCCUCUGCUCAUCCAUGGAUCUGGUCGGAACAGAACUCAAGGAUUCCGGAAAUCAAUUUCCUGCCACUUUGGCAGCUCUGACUGCCAGUAUAUCGACGUGACAGGCACCAGUCAAGAAAACAUCGCAAGGGAAGUUGUCGGGUAUGCAGAGCAACGUUAUGGACUCCAAGGAAACAUGGACUUUAAGGACACUUGGAUGUUUCGAUGCCGACUUGUGAAAGGAGAAAGAAUAAACCUUUGAAAUAGCCCUUCAAGAGUGAGGUAUGACCGGCAGUGGUGGCGCACACCUUUAAUCCCAGCACUUAGGAGGAAGAGGCAGUUGGAAGUUCAAGGCCAGCCUAGUCUACAGAGUGAGUUCCAAGACAGCCAGGGCUACACAGAGAAACCCUGUCUUGAAAAAAGAAAAAAACAAACAAAAAAAUAGAGUGAAGUACGGCGAUGAGAGUCUGAGACAGAAGCAUUGAGAGUUCGAGUACAGCCUGGGCUACACAGCAAGAAGCUAUCUUCUCUUUCCCUCAUAAAUAAAAUGAAAAGAAUGAGCUCUUUAUUAUAAUUCUUUUAAAGAGAACAUUAAAGCAAAGCAAGACAUCUAAGGAAAAUGUUUUUAUUUUUAUUAUUGAGAUGAUGUUAUCUUUUUUAUCAUCUGUUAACAUCAAGAUGCACGAAUUUAAUUAAUAUGGUACUAUUGCUUUAAUGAAGUGAAAUAUUACUGUUUUAAGAAAAACUAACCUGGGGUAUAACUAAUAAAGGUGACGGAGUGUAA